UAUUACAGCACUAGAAGUAAACAUAUACUGACAAUCUGCUGUUCCAGUCAGUUCUAAAUAUCAGCAUCACAGUCAGUGAGGUGUCAUAUACUGAAAUGUUCAAGUAGUAAAACUUGCAAGAGUGGACUAAGUCUAAGAGAGAAUGUAUAUACUUGUAAAUGUAAGGUUUGUGAAUCAUGCAGUUCAUUGAACUUCUUUAUAAAAGAGUUGUAAUGUAUUCACAGAUAUUCUGUGAGAAAAAACAAGGCUUGCUUUCUUGACAUUAUUGCUUUUGGUUCUACUCUGUUAAGAAAACAUAGGGUCCUUAUACCACGUAAGUAAUUCAGGCUUAAAUUAUUUUACAAAUACUGCAACAGCAGUAGGAACCAUUUAAUUUACUUCUAUAAUGAGGCCACAUCGUUGGCAGAAUGUUUUAUAUGCUCAAUGCUGCACAGCAAUUAGGAUGGAGAUGGAUAAAAUAUAUUUCCACAAAAAAUAAAAAAUAAAAAAAUAGGGGAAUUUGUAAGGGAAGAUGAAAUGAACCAUCAUCACAGGAGGUGGCCAGGACACUAGGGAGUUCUCACAAAAUUAGAUACAGUUCCUUGGCUUAGUCUUGAACUAGUUACCUGAGUAUCCUCUAUAAAUCUUAGUUUGAGAUUUAGAACUGAUUUACAGAAAGAAGCACCACAUCCCAGACAAUCAGCACCAUCUUAAUUUUCAACUAAAAAGUUAAUCCAGACUUUUGUGGAGGAUUUAUACUAUUACUGACUUCUCUUUACUUGGAAGAGUUAGUAGUAUUGCAACAGUGCUCUUUUAGUAUUGUAAUCUUGUAAUAACAAAUUGUGGGUGAAAUGCUACUACUGGAGUCCAGGGGAAACAUUAAUUUGCAUUUCUCUGUACCAUUCCCAGUUUAGUAUAGGUUAGAGAACAAUAUCCAUCUGCAAACAGGAAAGAAGCUUUGACGUCCUAAUUUCCUACUCACAUGAUUUUGUGAGUCAUAUAGGUCAAACUGUGAGCUCCAAAAAUGUAGUUAAAGUUCAGUGAAACAAUUUUCUCUGCAAAAUAUUAUCCUUUUAUUCAGCAUGACCUGAAUCAGUGACCAGGUAAAUGUAGUAGGUAUAGGUGAUUUUUUUCAUUCAAGAUUCAGAAUACCAAAUUCUCUUUUUACUAGUAGCAGUUAAGAUUUCCCUUGUCCAUGAUUUUUUUUUUUAUUUUUUUUUUCUUUCAAUGUAGCCUUCACAGUCAUGAUUGCUACUGUCCCAUUUGAGAAAUUAAAACAUAGGAUUAAGCUGAUGCUUAAAACAUACGCACAAUGUUGGGAACUGUUGUUUUCCCUAUUUUAGAGAUAAGGAACUCCAGUACUUCAAAAUUCUGGAGUGCUUACUAUUUCAGGAUUAUUAAACUCCUAUUUCUUUUUAAACGUACUUUGUAAAUUGUCACAAUAAGGCAUACAGUUUGCAAAAAGUGGCCACAGAUGGAAGAACUGCAAAUGACGGGAGAAUUGUAUGUCUUCUGUAGGAAUUCAAGUCUUAUUUCCAAAUUCCUCACAUAUCAUUUCCCUUUGAAGUGCAGUGUUCUUCUAUUCAUUUUUCAAAAUAUGUUACUGGGUCAUCAUUUAAGGAAUUUAUUUCAGUUUGUUGAAGAUAAAGUCCAAUAUUGAAGCUUCCCAGCUGCACCAUGUGCUAUACGUCCUAUAUACGCUACCACAAUGCAUAGCACCUAAUAAAGCAUCAACGGGAUUAAUGCUCCAUAUGAUCUCCCAUUUACUGUACGCGUCAAGAAUAAAAAGCAAGGGCAGAGCCACAUCUUCUAUCUACAUGAGUACUUUUUGAAUUUCUUACUGUUAUUAGCAGUUUUUAGGAGUUAAAUGUGAAUUGCAAUAAAAGGUGCUUCUUUCCUUUAGAAAAUGACUUCUUUCAUUUAGAAAAACUGAUAAAUACAGAACUGUAGAACUGUGAACAGAGCUCAGACCUCUAGAUCUGUUGUCUCAUGCUUAGCUGUUACAUAAACUUUCUGUCUGGUAAAAGCACCAGGGAAACCAGAGAAUUUGGUAUUCACUCUGCAUGUUUCCCAUGUCCUUGGAUGUCCAUUUACCUAAGAUGUAACUAACAGAAGUACAGAACACAAUUGGGUAAACUGUGGCACAGCAGAGUUGUGUUGAGAGUCACAUUAGAGAAUAACAUAUGCAAAAACGAUUGGUCUUUCACUUUCCUGUUAUAGCCACUAGACAAUAAUGCUGCCUACUAUUCACUCCAGGAAUAAACCAGUGAGAUAUUCUACUUAGUUCUAUUACUGUAUCAUAAGUACUACUUUAAGACUUGCCAAUACGGUACCAUGAACAAUUUACCAGUCAACCCCUGCCUGCUAAAACACAUGAAUUUGCAGUGGGUAGAUCGCCUUUUCAACAAAUGUGUAGAUUUCAGAUCAUAAACCCCCAUACCCAAUAUACCCGCAAGGAAUGUGAGUAAUGACAGAUUGUGUCCAUGAUUCCCUUUAAAGGAUACAAGACAGACAGAAGUUUAACCAGUUUUUCGUUUGUACUGUGACUCUUGGGUUAAUAACAUUUGCUCCAUACAAAGAUUUCAGAAGCUGUGAACUUUUCCCUCCAACUCAGCCGAAGCUAAUCCACAAAUAUCCUGUCACCUAUUGGCUCAGCAACAGUACCCCUCCCCUCCAUCAGAAAGGAUCUCUGAUGUAAUUCCACCCACAGUCUUCCUCAUAUAAGGCCUGGUUGGAAAGCUAUUUCUUUAUUUUUGCUUUUUGCUCAGGGGUUGAUUGCAACUUCUUUCUGCAGUCUAGAAAUGCCUGUAGAUUUCAGUGGAACCUGGAACCUUGUCAGCAAUGACAAUUUUGAAGGCUAUAUGGUGGCUUUAGGUAUUGAUUUUGCAACACGCAAGAUAGCAAAAAUGCUGAAGCCUCAGAAAGUGAUCAAACAGGAUGGGGACAUGUUAUCUAUCCAUACCACAAGCACAUUCAGAGACUACAUGCUCCAAUUCAAAAUUGGAGAAGAGUUUGACGAAGACAAUAAAGGCCUGGAUAACAGAAAAUGCAAGAGCCUAGUUACCUGGGACAACGACAAACUCGUCUGUGUGCAGAUUGGUGAGAAGAAGAACAGGGGCUGGACUCACUGGCUUGAAGGAGAUGAGCUCCACUUGGAGCUUCGUUGUGAGAAUCAAGUAUGUAAACAAGUCUUCAAGAGAGCUUGAAUAUGAGUGUUGGUUCCUACAUGGAAAGACAGCUAUAUACAAGAGGCCAUGCAUCGUCAUGUCCAAUGAUAGCUGUACAGACAAGAAUUGAUUCAUUCUACCUGUUAAUCUAAAUGAUAUGAUGUUUCUGGCUCAGGAAAUGCUGUCGGUUAGCCAUGUUAAAUACACGAUUUUUGCUAAUAAACAUCAAAAACAAUCUUAA